GCAUCGUUUCGGCUGCAGGCUGUCUCGGCAGUUGUUUUCAACGGAGCCGAGCUGCAUUCCCCACUCCCCACUCCACAUCUGCUGCUUCGUGUCUUCGAAAGGAGGACAUUCAUUGUAACGCUCGGGAUCACAUUAGCAGAAGAGGUAAAGGGGUCUGUGAUUUUCUCCCGGGUGACACGUGCUUCCUGGGUUCUUCGUCGUCUAUUUUUCUUCCAGCUCGGGGGCGAACAUCUGACACGUGAACGUCACAGCGAGUGACAACAGAGCGACGACCUGUACUGUCUCCCGGGCCUCACGUUACCGACAGGCUGCGACUGGCAACGUGUGCUAUCAUAUCUUACAAAAAAAUCGAGAUGAUUCAACCCUCGUGAUAGUCACCCUCCUCCGUUGCGCGGGGAGGCUUCGGGUACGCGGCCGGGAGGCUGCAAGGAGGCUGUCUCUCUCGCCAGGCUUCGAAUAAGAAAGGGAUUAAGGAAAUACGCAAAACCACAGGUCCGUCUCCUCUCACAGGCGAGGUAAGGAGACAGCUUCUGGCAGAGUAACGGACACGUGCGAGUCGUAAUAAGUGCUUGGUGACCGCGCAGCUGCUUCUGAUUAACCGCGGCGCGCUGCGCGGACCGAUGUGUUGCCAUGGCUACAGCGCAAGGUGGUGGCGCCUCCCGCGACAUAAUUCGAGAGGCCCGGUGUUGAUUGAUGGGUUGUUCGUCGCUCCCGUGCCUUCUCCUCCAGACGCGGCUCGGCUCGGCUCUCCGGCUCAAAGUCAUGGUGACAGCGGGGGGGUUAAAAAUACCCUCGCUGCUCUCACACCAGUGCGCUCCCUCCGCGAUAUUUUUGGGAACUUGUGCCACCCGCGUCGUCGGUCGCGCGGCUCGCCUGUGCAUUUCUUCUCUGGCACUGUCGUCGUCUACACCCCACGAGUGUCUCGUCUCUCUCUCUGUGUGUGUGUGUGUGUGUCAGGGGAGAGGAUUUCGAUGUAAACAUGUAAAACCAAAAAAAAGGGGGAAAUACUGCGCACGAGUGCGGCGGUGAGGAGGACACCGCGCGCAGGGGGGAGACCCUUCGGCACAAGAGCUUGACCUUGUUGCCUGUGAAGUUAUGGAGGCGACCGACGCGUCCGGUGCCGUCGCCCGCCAGAGCACCGCGGCGACUGGUGUCCCGAGCGCAGCGGUUACGCACGACGAGGGAUCCGGCCGGAACCCCUGUGCCAUCGGUCGACUGAUGAAUAUGUGUUUGACUCGUAUUUUGAAUCGUCGAUUGACCACCAGCUUUUGAUCAUUUGAAGUCGCUGUGCAUUAUUUAUCUUUGAUGUGCUCGAGAGAUGUGGAGUGCGCUCGUGAACGGCUCGGGGCUGCACGGUGGUGGGGGCGGCGCCGGCGGGGGAUACGUCCCGUCGCAGGGAUGGGAGUUCGUGCCGUGCGCCGGGAUGGAUAGGGCAGAGCGCGGCAGGGGCAGUGGCCGCAGUCCGCCGAGACGGAUCUCCUCUCCGCCCGCCGCCUUCACUCAGCUCUGCGAGCCCCACGAGCUCGGCGCGCCGCCGGGCCGAGGGGACGGCGAGCCGCCGGGGACACAGCUCGAGAUUCUCGACGGACAAAUGUGGCCGCGUCCCGAGCCGCCGCAGCAACCGCAGCCGCCGCAAACGCAACACACGACGAGGCUUAAAAGGAAAUUUGACGAGUUGAAAAAGCGACAUGUGCAGGACAAGGAGGAUUGGAUGCGCGAGAAGGAGUCAUUGUUGAGAGAAGUGGCUGACAUACAAGGAGGGGAGAACAGGAGGAUUCUGCUGGACCUGAGGACGGAUUUGGAGGAAGUGCAGGUGGAGGUGAAGAGAGAGGAGGCGAAGAGGAGCGAGCUCCAGCUGCAGUACACGAGGGACAGGUGUGCCUGGGAGCUGGAGAAGGCUGAGCUCAAAUGCAGGAUUGCACAGUUGGAGGUUAAAGAGGGUACCGGGUCGGUGAGUGGAGGGGUCCAGUCAGCAGUAGGUCCUCGCCCUGUGGAGUCACGGAGCGCUCAAGGACAUCACGGCGAGUCCCCAACUCUCCGCCGGGACAGGGAAGAGCAGCGGAGGCUCCUGGCAGACACACACUCAACGGCCAUGGACCUGCGCUGUCGGCUGGAGCACAACGAAAGGGACUGGUCGAGGGAGAAAGCCGAGUUGCUGGAGAGGUUUGACGUGGAGAGGAGGGAGUGGGAGAGCCAGCUGAAAGACAUGCAGAGGAAAAUAGAGGAGCUGUACUGUGAAGUGAGAACCAAGCGAGGGGGGACCAGACUGGACAGUGGGAGGCAGGACGAUGAUGACGUCAUGCACAGGCUCAGCAUACGUUCCACCAGCACAGGCUCCAGUUUGCUCAGUGACAACUCCCGCUCCGAGCCGCUGAGCAGUAGCAGCCAAUCAGAGCCGCACAGACGAAGGUCAUUACCAGGCUUUGGUCAACACAGAAACAUCAGCGGCGGUGGUUCUGUUGGCCGAGAGGUUCUCCAACACACCUGGUUCCAAGCAGACAGCCUCUGUGAGUUUAACACUGGUGGUCAGAGUACUCGGAAUGACCAUUCACAACCUGAGCUGGUGGCUGAAUUGAGAUCCAGAGGCAUUUGGCAACAAGACUCUGUUGAUGAUCAGAAGGAUGCUGCGGAUACAAGAGAGCUGGCUGCCAUUUUUCACGGAGCUCCUGGAUGUGGAUUGCCACAGAAAGACGCCUAUAGUUGGAAUGAGAACGACGUCCGUGUUGGUCCACAAGAAAGUCCUGUCUGGGCAGAGCUGAGUUGUGGCAGUGAAAAGAAGAAGAACACCACUGCUCUUAAUGCUGCUCUGAAGGAGAUAGCCCGUGUAAGCGAGGAGCUCUGUAGCUACCAGGAUGAGAUCAGAAAGAAGAGCGGAGAUAAGAGAAAUCAACCUGAAUCCCUGUGCCUAACUGAGGAGAGUGAGAUGCUGUUAGGCCAUGAUGAAAGCCAACUGGAGGUAGAUAAAACGCCCUGUGACCUCAGCCAGAUCUACGACGACCUCCGAGCCUUGGAAAGGGAAAACUGGAUCACCUUGUCACCAGAUAACACCUGGCAGGCCAACAGAGCUCUGAGUGAAUCCUGGAGAACAAGUGCUGCUGAUCCUCACAGCCUUGGAGACGCACAGACGAGCCCUGGAAUCAUCUCUGAGAUAGAUACAGCAGCUCCGCCCAUACCUCCUCGCACCUCCUCCUGGAAUCUGAGCACCCCGAUCCAUCCAGACGCAGAACUACACAUCCCAGAAUCCCCCGUGACGACAGUGAAGAAGUGCCAUAGUCCUUGUGUUCUAGUGGACAGAAAGUGUAGCAGCCCGUCCAUCGUCAGAAAGUUUGGGGCUAUGCUACAAGAAAAUGAGGGGAAAGUUUUUGUAGAUGGUACGGUAGGAUCAUGCCCUGUACCUACUAACUCUAACUGUAACAUGGGCUGCUGCCACAACCGCUGGUCCUGUGAUGCGAGCAAGUUCAGCAGCAGCAAGUUGUCUGCAUGUGGGACAGUACAGAAGAGCUUCUCUGAAGUCAACAUACUGAGUGCAGGGAAAGACUUUCACUCAGAUUACAGCCCUGGUGUUGGUCACAUAAAAGACCCUGAUCUGCAAAUGGCUCCACUCGUCAAAGAAUUACCUGUGGACUUGUUGUUGUCCUCUCUGGAAAUGACACCCGCCAGUCCCAACCUCCAGGGCUCAAGAAAAAACACAAUGCUGGAACAAAAAACGGCUGAGUUCAACAGAACUUUGUUCCAAGCUGAGAUGGGCCGCGGUGUAAAGGAACAAGACGGUUUCACUGUGACAGAUGCCUCCUCCCUGGGUUGCCUAGCUGUGCGCACAGCUUCAGAUGAGGUUUCAGCUCCCAGGGAGACGCUUCAGCCACACUGUAGUAAUUUCACCAUGAGCAGUGUGCACGGGUCACAGGAAGUCACAUCAUGUCCCUCCACUUUUGAUUUCACAAUGCAAAAUCCAGAUGUCCAAUCACGGAGAAUGACAUGUGGUCUAGAAGGUCAAGAGGCCAGGGUGAAGCAAGAAACCCCGUCUGAUGUUGCACUUGAACAGCCACAGGUUGGACCUCGGGAGGCCACCACAAUAAUCCCUCAGAGUCCCGUACGCCAUCCCGAGCCCAAGCACAAAGUUCAAACAGCCAGCAGUCCUUCCAGGAAAACACGACAAAGAGCAGCCACAGAGGCUCUCGUCUCUGAGCAUGCACAUGAGCUGCCAGGUCACAACGUGGAGGGUUCCAGCUCCAAGAACGGAGCCAAGGCUCAGCCUGCCAGAGUGGGCGUCUCACUCCAGCAGUCGCCUGUCGAGAACAAACAAAGGCAGAUGACACAGCCGAGGCAUGCGCCUGUACCUCCCUCCCAGACUGACUCCUCCAGACAGGGGCCUCGAAUGAUGAACGACCAUCCCUGGAAGCCCCUCACUCUGGCUGCGUACCCACGGCCUGAGGGAUCCAGGUCCAACUACGGGGCAGUGGAAAGGAUUCUGAAGAAUUACGAGAGUGCAGCUCGGGCUCAACAAAGCCAGUGCCAACCGAAUGACACGGCGUCAACUAACCUCAGUGUCGGGCAGGAGGAGAACGUCACAGAGCUAGACAUGCUGGACAUGGACCCUCUGCCCUUACCCCCUACUCUGAGACACACAAAGACUUCACACACCUCACACACACACACUACACAUUCACAGCUCAGCUGCCACACUGCCAUGGGUGUGAAAGAGAUACAGCUUCUAGUGCAGGACAACGAAGAGUCGUCUGUCUCCUCUUCCUCUGUCCAGAAGAAUUUCUCGAGGCCCGCCCGCCCGUCCAACCGCCGCCGCCCCUCCCGAUGGGCCAGCCGCUCGCCCACUUCUACCUCCUCCACCUCCUCAUCUCCCUCCACCACCCCCAUCGUGCCGCCCCCCUGCCCCCUUCAGAAACACACUUCCUCCUUUACCUACUCGCACGCCUUUCACAUAGAGACUGUCAUUAUUUGAUCUCCACCUCACUGUUUGAACCGGCCAGGUGCCUUCAGUGACAAACGCCGAGCCUUCCCUUUCUCUUUUUCGUCAUCGCUGUUGUACAUACAGAACGCAGACUGUUUCUCCACGCCUAAAGACUCAGAAGUGACUCCGAAACAUCCCUUUCCAAAGGAACAGUCACAUCCAAUGCGUCAACCAUCUGAAUGGAUAUCCUAUGCUCAGGUCUGGAUUAUAGCCUUGCCUAGUGUAGCCUUGCAGAUUUACCAACAACAGACCCUUCACUACUCCUUCUGUCAUGUGUAAAGUAUUUGCGCCUUUAAAAGUAAAGCUAGCUCUUCUUCAAAUGCUCUACAAACUGUCAACCAAAUGAAAUCCAGAAUAAUGUAUGUAAUAUGUACUGUAUUUUGUAAUUCACGUGCAACAUGUUUUGUGCUGAUUUUUGCACAAAAUAUGUUUCAUACACAUUAUGCAGCAUCAUAUUGCUUUCACAGAUUAAAGCAGUGGAGAUUUUCCCUCACAUCUCUCUCUCUCUAUGUGCUAAAUGAAGCAGUGUUGGUUUUCUGCCUUCUUGUAUAUUACCUACAGUACGUGUCUGGACUGUACCUUGCCUGUGACUAACAUUUUUCUCUGGUUUUACAUAUUUCAUGUCAAAGCAAAAACAUUUACUUGAUUUCAACAGAGAUUAAAAUGUGAGUUCUUUACUUUUUUUUAUAACUUCGUACCGAAAGCUGGUUUCUUUAUAUGCAUUAUGCUGAUUUGAAAAUUGAAUGCAUUGUUUGUGAUGACAUUAUGUUGGCUGUCAACCCAUAGUUUUCCAAUCAAAAUAUAUGUAUAACAUCAUUCAUGAGAGCCUGCUUUUGUGUAUAAGUAAUGCUGUGCACAAAAAGUACUGAAAAGCCUUUUUUUUUCUUUUCUACUUUUACUAAUUCUGAAUGAUCACAUAUCAGGACACUCUGCUGAGUAGUACAGUUUUUCGGGGUCAAAGUGGUGAAUCAUAACACAUGAUAUGAAGGUGAGGCCUUUGCUGUUCUUUUUGUGUAAUAAACAUAAGAACUUA